CAUGGCGCCCACCUGCCCGGCAGCAGCAGCGGCCUCGGGCGCCGCGGUCGGCGGGUCCGGGCCGAGAAGCAGCUGGGGCGGCAGCGGCAGGGAGGGCGGAGGCGGGGGUGGCGGAGGUGGGCCCGAGCUCGCACGGUAGAGCCCAGGGCGUAGAGGGCUUGACCGGGCGCCGCCGGGAUGGUGUCCCAGGUACUGCAGCUGCUUCGGCAGGGCGUGUGGGCCGCGCUCACCGGCGGCUGGUAUCACGACCCCGAGCAGAGCAAGUUCACCAAUAGCUGCCACCUGUAUCUGUGGCUGUUCCUGCUGCUCUUGCCCUUGGCUCUGCACCUGGCUUUCCCGCCAACCGUGAUAACUGCGUUGUUCUACUGCAGCUCUGUGACUCUGCUCUUCACAGUGAUCAAGGUGGUCAGCUACCGCCUGCACCUCAUGUUUGACAAAGGAGAGGUGAUCCAGCAGAGGUCCCCCGGGCAGAUGGAAAAGCCAAAGAAAGGCAGAGAGGCCAACAGUGAACACGCCACGAAUCCCAAAAUUCCCAGCAAUACCAGGCCCAUUCACAGCAGCAAGAAAGAAGAGAUGGGCCGGAGUGUCCCUACACCUCCCCUCCACUGCAACUCCCGAGGGCACAGCCUCAGCUCGCACCGCUCCUCGGGGCCACCGGAUUUGCCAGCACAGGAGACCGUGGAAGAUCUCAAAGGUGUCGUUCUGUCUGAGGACCACCCUGGAGCACUAGUGUCGUCUACCUCACCUGGCAUCAGGACGGAAAGCUUACCUGCCUCUCAGAUGUGCCUGCCGGAACCUGUGCCCAGGUCAGCAGAACCCGCCAAGCCAGUUGUCCCAGAAGCUCUCAUCAGCGGAAAAGGGAGGGGACGAGAAGGCCAAGGGCAGCGCCCUCCUCGCCACAGGUCUGAGGGCGGCUUAGUGGACAAGGGAGAUUUGAAGAAGUUGCGCCGCCUGUCUCUGUCCCAAUACGACCUACUAGAAACAGACGUUUCCUUCCAGCCCUGGGGCAGUGAGAAUUCAGUCCUGAUUCCCGAGCCAGUCACCCAUCACCAGGGCUCCAUAAGGGAGCAGUUGCAACGCAAGUCACCACAGGACAGCCUGAGCAGUAGCUGCCCCCAGUGCCACACUGUCAUGGCCAAACCAGCGGAGAGGCUGGCGGGCACUUCCAGCCAGGUGGGCCUGCCCUUUAGCCAGGAUGUGAACUCCUCAGACAGUGAGGUGGCUGUGACUCUCAUUGAUACCUCUCAGCCUGGGGACCCGCUGAGUCUGCAUGAGCCCAUUAAAAUUGUCAUCACGAUGAGCAGUACGCCAAACUCCACGACAGAGGUGGGGAGCUCCCUGCACUUGACGGUGAUGGGCACAGAGCAGGUUGGCCCAGGGUCUCACACAGCACCAGCUUCCCCAAGGGUGGCCAGUCCUCCAGAUGUCGAGCAUGUCCUAAUCCCUGUGAUCACCCUUGAACUGUCCGAGGAUGGAGGAGGAAGUGUGACUGGGCCAGAGGACCUCAGAAGUCAGAGGACUCCAGACCGACUGAGGGUGGAGGACCCUGACCAGUGUUCCUCUGGGGAGAUGGGAAGAGCCACACAGGCCCUCAGUCCUGGCCCAAAGCAUGCCUGGGAACCGGCCCAGGCUCCCACACCCCCGGUGGCCUCUGAGGCUGAGGGUGAGAGGGACAGCCAGGCUAGCCUCGAUCCGGCCUCUUGUAAGAGCAGCCAUGAGAAGAGACAUGCCCGGGUGCUCAGUGUGGACAGUGGGACUGAUGUCUUCCUGAGCAGAAGUUCUACGGAAGUGGUCAGUGACAAGGAGAAAACCAUACCUACUUCCAAAUCUGACCUGGAGGCGAAGGAGGGGCAGAUACCAAAUGAGUCCAACUUCCUGGAGUUUGUCUCCCUGUUGGAAUCAAUCAACACUUCCAAGGUGGUGGCCUCCACUCAGCCGCAGGACCCAGCAGAUCAGCAUGGAGCCAGUGAAGCCAGAGGACUUCGAGGAGAUAAUUGCUUACAAGGGCAAAAGGAGGAAAUCCUGGAGAAGGAGAAGCUCAGCGGACAGGAUUCCAAGCCAGAAAAAGCAGACUUGCAAAGUCAAGACCGCGUUGGCACCAGCCCUGUGUUCACCCCGCCUGCCAAGACCGCAAUGCUUUUCCAGGGCAAUAGACAAAGACAAAUAAUCUACAGGGUAACUUCGCAACAAGACAGUUCCGUCUUGCAAGUCAUCAGUGGGCCAGAAACCUCUGUGCAGGAGGAGAUGUCAGUGGACGCAAUGCAUGUUUUCGUGGAUGAACAUGGGGAAAUUAAGUCCUGUUACUUAAAGUCUGGAAAUCAGAAAGAAGGCUCCUUCCAGUUCCCGCCCUCCCGUGAGGACUGUGCCUCCCAAGGCCGAGAGGUGCAUCUCAGCUCCUCCAGCACUACCACUUGUGAGAGUCCAGACCCAUCCUCUGGGGACCCUGCAGUCAGCGCCCUGCAACAGCAGCUGUUGCUCAUGGUGGCCCGGAGGACCCACUCAGAAACCCCACGGACACAGACAAGAAUCCUCUGUUUAAAAACCAACAAGCUUAUCUCUUAUUUCCCUGGUGUCUCUUUAUGUGUUUUGCUCAGGACUGAAGAUGUCAAGGAGAACGUGCUGGCCAUUGUGCUCAGCAUCCUGGUUUCCCUCCUGGGGUUCCUGACACUGAACCGAGGCUUCUGCAGAGACCUGUGGGUGCUGCUCUUCUGCGUGGUCAUGGCCAGCUGCCAGUACUCCCUGCUCAAGAGCGUGCAGCCCGAUCCUGCCUCACCGAUACAUGGACACAACCAAAUCAUCACCUAUAGCCGACCCAUCUAUUUUUGCGUGCUGUGUGGCCUCAUUUUGCUCCUUGAUGCAGGGGCCAAAUCCAGGCACCCUCCUCGGUACGUCGUAUAUGGCCUGAAGCUCUUCUCCCCAGAGUCCUUGCAGACAGCCAGGGACCACUUGAUAGUAUUUUUGUACUGCUUCCCUGCAAUUUCGCUCCUUGGACUCUUCCCGCAGAUCAACACCUUUUGUACUUACCUUUUGGAACAGAUUGACAUGCUGCUUUUUGGUGGUUCUGCUGUGUCUGGGAUCGUGUCGGCCGUGUACAGCGUGGGCCGUAGUGUCUUGGCGGCCACCCUGCUCCACGUUUUCUGCUUCAGCGCAGUGAAGGAGCCAUGGAGCACACAGCACAUCCCAGCACUGUUUUCAGCCUUCUGCGGCCUCCUGGUGGCAUUAUCAUACCAUCUGAGCAGGCAGAGCAGUGACCCGUCUGUGCUCCUGUCCCUUUUUCAAUGCAAAUUAUUUCCUAAAUUUUUACAUCAAAGCCUGGAAGAGUCAGCCACUGACCCACUCCCUCAGAAGAUGAAGGAUUCGGUGAAGGACGUCCUGAGAUCAGAUCUUGUCGUCUGUUCUGUGGUCGCCGUCCUCUCCUUUGCUGUCAGCGCAAGCACUGUGUUCCUGUCACUCAGACCGUUUCUCAGUGUGGUGCUGUUUGCCCUGGCAGGCACUGUGGGCCUCAUCACUCAUCACCUGCUCCCUCAGCUCCGCAAGCACCACCCCUGGAUGUGGGUCUCUCACCCUGUGCUUAAAAGCAAAGAGUACCAGCAGCGGGAAGUAGGAGAUGUCGCCCAUUUAAUGUGGUUUGAAAGACUCUAUGUUUGGCUUCAGUCUUUUGAAAAAUAUAUCUUGUACCCAGCAAUAAUUCUGAAUGCCCUCACUAUUGAUGCAUUUUCAAUAAGCAAUUACCGGAGACUUGGUACCCAUUGGGACAUUUUCCUGAUGAUCAUUGCUGGUAUGAAGCUGCUGCGGACUUCCUUCUGUAACCCAGUUCACCAGUUUAUCCACUUGAGCUUCGCUCUCAUCUUUUUCCACUUUGACUACAAAGACUUUUCAGAGAGUUUCUUGCUGGAUUUCUUCAUGGUGUCCAUCUUACUGAGCAAGCUCGGGGACCUGCUUCACAAGUUACAGUUUGUCCUGGCCUACGUGGCUCCGUGGCAGAUGGCUUGGGGCUCUUCGUUCCACGUGUUUGCUCAACUAUUUGCAAUUCCUCACUCUGCCAUGCUCUUCUUCCAGACGUUCGCCACCGCGGUGUUCUCCACCCCGCUGAGCCCAUUCCUCGGGAGCGUCAUCUUCAUCACGUCCUAUGCCAGGCCAGUGAAAUUCUGGGAGAAAAACUACAACACGAGGCGAGUGGACAAUUCCAACACAAGAUUGGCGGUCCAGAUUGAAAGGGAUGCAGGGGGUGAUGACAACAACCUCAAUUCCAUCUUUUACGAGCAUCUGACCAGGACACUUCAGGAGUCCCUCUGUGGAGACUUGGUUCUUGGUCGUUGGGGAAACUACAGCUCUGGUGAUUGCUUUAUUCUGGCUUCAGAUGACCUCAAUGCCUUUGUCCACCUGAUCGAAAUUGGCAAUGGUCUUGUCACGUUUCAACUCCGAGGACUGGAAUUCCGAGGAACCUACUGCCAGCAGAGGGAAGUGGAAGCCAUCAUGGAAGGCGACGAGGAAGACAGAGGCUGCUGCUGCUGCCAGCCCGGCCACCUGCCCCACUUGCUGUCCUGCAAUGCUGCCUUUCACCUCCGCUGGCUCACCUGGGAGGUCACACGCACACAGUACAUCCUGGAGGGCUACAGCAUCAUCGACAACAAUGCAGCCACCAUGCUGCAGGUGUUUGACCUCCGCAGGAUCCUCAUCCGAUACUACGUCAAGAGUAUAAUAUACUACAUGGUGACAUCCCCUAAACUCCUCUCCUGGGUCAAGAAUGAGUCACUUCUAAAGUCCCUGCAGCCCUUUGCCAAGUGGCAUCACAUUGAGCGCGACCUUGCAAUGUUCAACAUCAAUAUCGAUGACGACUACGUGCCGUGUCUGCAGGGGAUAACCCGAGCCAGCUACUGCAACGUCUACCUGGAGUGGAUUCAGUACUGUGCGGGGAAGAGGCAGGAGCCAUCAAAGACCCUGGACAGUGACGAAGACUCUCCUUUGGUGACUCUGUCUUUUGCCCUGUGCAUCCUGGGGAGGAGAGCUCUGGGGACUGCAGCACACAAUAUGGCCAUGAGCCUGGACUCCUUCCUCUAUGGCCUUCACGCACUGUUCAAAGGUGACUUCAGGAUCACAGCACGGGAUGAGUGGGUGUUUGCUGACAUGGACCUGCUGCAUAAAGUUGUCGCUCCCGCCGUCAGGAUGUCCCUGAAACUGCAUCAGGACCAGUUCACAUGCCCUGAUGAAUAUGAAGACCCCGCUGUCCUCUAUGGAGCCAUCCAGUCCUUUGAGCAGAAAGUGGUGAUUUGUCAUGAGGCCGACCCAGCCUGGAGGGGUGCUGUGCUGUCCAACAGGGAGGAACUGCUGACCCUGCGACAUGUGGUGGAUGAGGGUACUGAUGAGUACAAGGUCAUCAUGCUUCACAGGGGCUUCCUGAGCUUCAAGGUGAUCAAGGUGAACAAAGAGUGUGUUCGGGGACUCUGGGCCGGGCAGCAGCAGGAGCUCAUCUUCCUCCGCAACCGCAACCCAGAGCGUGGCAGCAUCCAGAACAAUAAGCAGGUCCUGAGGAACCUUAUCAAUUCCUCGUGUGACCAGCCCCUGGGCUACCCCAUGUACGUCUCCCCGCUAACCACCUCCUACCUGGGGACCCACCCGCAGCUGAGGAACGUCUGGGGUGGGCCUGUCACACUGGACAGACUGAGGACGUGGUUCCGAGCCAGGUGGCUGAGCAUGCGCAAGGACUGCAAUGCCGGGCAGAGGAGCGGAGGAGCCAUUGAGGACCUGGAUGGGGGUGGGGCCCCAAGUGGGGACGGCAGUGUGGAGCAGCCCCAGAAAGGUGGCACCCAGCACUGGGUCUCCCCGCGCGAAGGCGCUCAGAGGACAGGCUGCAGGAAAGGAAGGAGCCAGUCUGUCCAGGCACCCUCAGCGCUCAGCCAGAGGCUGCCUACCCUGAGCUCAUCAGGCCCCAUUGUAGAGAGCCGCCAGGCCUUCCUACAAACAUCCACAUCCGUCCACGAGCUGGCCCCACGGCCCUCAGGCAGCCGGCUCUCCUUGCAUACGUCAGCCACGUCCCUGCACUCCCAGCCGCCCCCUGUCACCACCACAGGCCACCUGAGUGUCCGAGAGCGCGCAGAGGCGCUCAUCCGGUCCAGCCUGGGCUCCUCCACCAGCUCUACCCUCAGCUUCCUCUUUGGCAAGAGGAGUUUUUCCAGUGCUCUCGUCAUUUCUGGACUGUCCGCAGCAGAAGGGGGCAACACCAGUGACACACAGUCAUCGAGCAGCGUCAACAUCGUGAUGGGCCCCUCAGCCAGGGCCGCAGGCCAUUCCACACGGCACUUCUCAGAGCCAUGUGACCCCACCGAGGCUGCGGAGCAGAGGCAGCUUCGUGACCAACGUCUUGCUGAGGCUGUGGCAGAGAACCUGGGGGUGAUGUGCAGAAGAGCGAGCCAGGAGGACAUGGGCCUGGAUGACACUGCUUCCCAGCAGAGUGCUUCGGAUGAGCAAUAGUGGAGAGGCGCCUGGUGGGGAGAAAGAGUCCCCACCGGCCACUGUCACUCUUUCCCCUGCUCCCAACACAAUGAGCGAGCGCUGUGCACCCAAAGGGCCCUUCCCCAGAGGAAAUGGGAGCUGUUCUAGAAACAGUCACUACCUUUAUCUCAGGUUCUUGAAAAAAUCUCACACGACGGGGGACAAAGACACCACACUUCCUCCCUCCAAGCACUGCACGAAGAAUCUGACAUUUCAAACAAAAGCCAUUUAAUAUCUGAAAACAAGUGGAGCAAAUACAGCCUGUGAGUAACUCCUUCCUGCCCUCAUGAGAACAGGACCACCACAUGCCAGUAACUGGCACUUUGCACACUGCUGUUACCAGGAGAGACAGGGACUGCAGCGCAGGCGACACCAUGGGUGGGUCCAGUGUGUCCAAGCCCAAGCAAAGGAAAUCUCACUUCUUUGUAGUAUUUAUGCAGCUGUAGGCGUAGCCAGCAGCACCCCCUCGCAGAAUUCUGGCGGUGCAUGCAGUCCCGUCUUCCGUGCUCUUCGAGGAGCCAGGACAUGUCAGAAUGGGAGUUAGAAAUGGGGUACAUGGCCAGACAUCCUGGACCAUGCAACACUCCACAGGCCCGAGUGAUUCCGGGCCGCCAGUACCCUGCACUCCCCAGGCAAGCGCACGACUCUUCCAGGCUGAGUAGCCCCUGCUGUGCCACAAGCACACUUGCACACACCUUUGUUUUGGAAUUAAAAUGUUUACAGUUAUUGCUG